UUUUUGUGUAUUAUUAGAUUUUGACCAUUUUACUCCUGUGGCGGAAGUUUAGAGUCUUUUUUAUCCUUUUCAUAAUUUACACAAUUAACAUUGUUUAAUAGACUAAUAUUAAGCUGCGAGAGAUGUAAACGCGCCUCGUGUUGUGUGUUUAAUUGGACGCGCGUCUGGUUCGUUGCUGUGGCGACGAAAUGGACGCGUUCGAGCAGAUCGACGCUCUGCGAAAGCGGAACAAAGAUCUCCUGCAUAAACUCGAGAAACAAAGCGAACAACUGCAUCAGCUGACGCUCUCGUGUCCGGAUAAGGUGGACGAAAGGCACAGCUCGGUGUACGAAGCGUUUAUCGCCGAGAGCGGCCCACAUCGCGCGCCUUUAACGGAGAGGAACGGAGCGCAGCCGCCGCGAGCGUCACUAUCGACAGCAGCAUCAGCGGCGAAAACCACCAAAACACCGGAUGAAUGGCUUCCUGGAGAUCGUGAAGUUCCCAAACCGGACCCACAUAAAACCAAACCCAACCAGAGUUUAGGACUGGGCACAUACAGCACACUACUGAAAGACACAGCGAACAGUCGCUGGAAGGGACAGUGCAGAUCUGUGAAAUUGAAGCUCUCCAAAUCUGCACUUCUCAGCCCUUGUGAACAGAGAGAGACUGACAGCACAACGACUGCUAGGCUGGAGAUGGAUACUAUAUCAGAGCGAAACAUACGGCCUUUACUGGGCUAUGAUUGGAUAGCAGGCCUAGUGGAUGCUGAAAGCUCUCUUGAAGAUCAUUCGGAGCAGUUCUUUAGCGAUCUCAGCAGAUUCCGUCUGGCUAAUCGAGAUGAGUGUGUCCACAGCUUGUUAUCAGGAUUUCCAUCUGUUGCUGAUCUUGCAUCUUCCUCAUUCAGCAGUGACGAGCCGCAGCCACCUACAGACACACAUCAGUGCACAUUCUGCUACAGAAUAAACAGUCGACUGUUUGCAGUUCCGCUGGAUGCACAAGACGCCUGUCCAGUGUGCAAGAUGCCCAAAUCUAAACACCCUCAUACUGAAAGAGAGCCUGCUUUAAUCAGGGUCAGUAUUCCUCGCUCAACUCUGCUGCCAGCGCACAAAUACAAAGCCCAUCGCCGCUGCAGUUUUGACCCCUCUGACAGCCUGGGUUUGCCCUCUCACUGUUUGUCCGGAUGGUCCAAUCCCAGCCUGAACUCUGGCUCUCAGAUGAGCAGUUUGGAUCUGCGGGGGUCCAUGGUGAAACCAGCAUCUACGGGAGGGUCAGCCUCAUCCUGGAUUGACAAUGAACCGGAUUCAUCCUUACGCAGAGCAUCGAGACAUCAGCAUUCUGACCAGCUUCAAAAUGUGGUUUGUUUGCCGCGGUAUCGCUUUCAGCAUCCACAACCCCAUGGCCGCUCUUAUGCUCUUGAGUGAUUGCAGAAGUUGUGUUUAAAAUAGAUUUUCUGGAUUUACUGAAAGGAAUACUUAUGUACAUGUUGUAUUUCUGUAUGUGUAAUAAUGGAACACUAAUCAUUUUGUAUGAAUGUGAAUUGUUGGUUUCUGACCAGUGGUAGUGUUAGCUUGUUUAGUGAGUUUUUUUAUUUUAUUAAAUACAAUGAACCCCCCCCCCCCCCCCCCCCCCCCACAGACACACACACACAC